CGUUGGUUCGCACGGUCCCUUACUGAGAAUUGGCAAGGCUUUCGCGAUUGAACAAGAUAAAGGCAGUUACACCCCCUAUGUUCAAGUCCAUUUUGAUACACAAUAUUCCUUUCAUCUCUCAGCAUAAUUUGUCUCUAUUGCUUUUUCUCGACAUUCUCCAUAUUCCAGCCAUGUGUACCUAUACUUUUGCGCGGCUCCACUAUCGAGGUUGCCAUCGGGAUGAACCCCACAGUUUUGAAAAGCGCUACUAUAAACCAUGCGACCCUGUUAAACUAAACAACGAGCCCUACUGUCCCAAUGCUACCUUCGAUUCGAGUCUUGGUGUGUUCGGUACUACGACCAGGCGAGGUACUUGCCCUCGUUGCCGAGACUCGGGUGUAUCUGUAGAUACAGUUGUGGAAUCGGUGCGUUCACAAAUAUCCUUGUUAUGAUGGAUCUAACUUGAGUAACUGUGGACAGGCCAGCUUGGACUGAGC